AUGGGGUCCAUCGAAGAAAACUAUCCACUUCCAUUAGUUAGCUACCUCGAUCUUCUACAUGAGGAAAAGAAUAUCCGCGAUUCGAGUAGGGCAGAGCUCGUACGGGCUCUAGGCCGCUACGGAGCUUGCCGGGUUAGCGAUCAUGGUAUCCCACAGACUGUCAUAGACAAAUGCUUUGAAAAGUGCCCAGGCUUCUUUGAACGACCGAUGGAGGAAAAGAUCGCAGAUCACUCCAAUUCUGGUGCAACCAGACAGUCUCGUUUUGUUCCUUACGCAAGCGAGUUGAUCCGCGGAGAACCACAUAUGGAUGAAACUUUGGAACUUCAAUACGGUGUUUAUGGGCUGGGGGAGAGAUGGUCUGCGCCCGCCAGUGAGCUUGUGGACGCUGCAAAAGCGAUGCAUGAGGAGUGCAAUCGCAUAUAUGUCCCCCUCUUAGACGCUUUAUCCUCUGAACUGAAUCUUCCUCAUUCUUUGAACGCCAUACAUAGCAAACGGAACUCCUUCUUUGCGCCGUAUUACUACCCCUUCGAUGAUGAGGGAGACUUGGCUACGGUUCGCGUUGCUCCUCACAUGGACCCCACAACUAUGCUGUUUAAUUUCCAAGACUCACUUGCGGGUCUACAUGUUGCAGAUAUGCAUAACUUCAAGGGGAACCUAUCUACUACGACAGUUGCAGAGACUGCCCCCUUCGUCCCGGCGAAUUGCAAGCCUGGAGAAUUUCUUUUGCUGUCUGGUCAUAUCUUCAGAAGAAUGGUCGAUAAGAUCAAACAUUCGGUCCAUCGGGUAGAACGACCGCUAGGUACUAGAGGGUAUCAUUUGAAUUACUGGAUCAUCCCUGAUUUGAACACUAAUUGUGAUUUUGGGGAGAAAAAGGAGGACGUACGACAGUAUCUGGCACGAGUGUUUCCGGCACCAUUGGCAAACUAUUAG